CUGAACACACUACAGUUGUCUCUAUGCAAGAUUUGUUUGUCAACGGAUGAGUCUGAAAUUCCACAGCUACCAGGAACACUCAAAUGGUGACUGCUGCGUUACUUUUGUCAUACCGGACUUAGGCGACUCGAUGACAGCAAAGUAGUUACGCCAAGGUUUAUAAGGUAUAUAUAGGUGAAGAGACGAGGUGCAAAGAUUUGCCCGUUUUUGCGACACAGGCUUGCCUGUCCUCGUCAGUCGUAGUUCUCCAACCGGCUUCAUUAGCUCACUAAGCUAGCUAGCAAGUCAGCAGCCGCGGUACGCUCUUGGAAAUGCGGCGGAGGGUUGACUGUACGUCGUUCAUUUAGUCAUUUAUUAUUAUCGUUAUCAUUAUUUACUUUUUAAAGUUACCGUUAGCACUGAGUGCUAUCGACAGUCGUAAUAGUUAUUGUGUACCUAUAAAUGAUGCCUUUCCUAAGGUAAAGUGACCGACGAGGUGGUGCUGCUCUGAUAGUUAUGAGCAGCUUUAACAUUACACCCAACACCUCCACAUUAGGCUCUUCCUUGAGCACAGAUAGUAAAGGGCCAACGGUCAGCGUUGGCACUGGUAACAAUAAGGAGUGGGCUUUGGGAAGCGAUGUUUUUUCGUGCUGUCACGAGAUGAGUUUUAUGGACGAUUCGAUGCAGGCAGGGAUGUCUUCAGUCCAGUCGGGGCUAGACGGACACCUGCCGCUUUUACACACCCGGCACCAAGGCGCCCAGGACGGUUUGUUAUUGGACCUGAGUUCCCCAGGAAACUACCUCGACAGCAGCUCACUGGAGUACAGAGACAACGAUGGGAACAACGCCGGUCCGUUGUACGAGAGGAGGAAAAGGUCUAGAUCCAACAGCUCUAGACAUAGAUUCAACGAAGUAGUCACAGAGCUAGUUCCGGAGGAGGUUCGGUGGUUUUACAAAGAGGACAAAAAAACAUGGAAACCUUUCCUUGGACAUGACUCACUUAAAAUUGAACUAAUGUAUAGGAAAUACUGCGAGCUGAACCCUAGUGUACUACGAUACCGGGUUAGCAGUGGUGAGGAGGAUGGCAGCAGUAAAGGUCCAGAGAGUCCAGGGUUGAAUGGAGCAGUACCAGAGACUAGGACCAGCAGUGUAGACGAAGGCCGAGGGUCUCUGGACACAUCCACUGUGUCAUCUGAAGAACGAGACCCACAUAACAUUGAAAUCAACGUAGAACCAGUUUGUGUUCGUGGUGGUCUCUAUGAGGUUGACUUAAAAGAGAGGGAAUGUUAUCCUGUCUACUGGAAGCAACAAGACCAUAUUCCUGUUAUGAGAGGCCAGUGGUUCAUUGAUGGUACUUGGCUGCCUUUAGAUGAAGAAGAGAGUGAUCUCAUUGAGCAGGAACACCUGAACCAUUUCCGAGGGCAGCAUACACAGGACACCUUUGAAACGGAUUUAGUGGUGAAGACCGUUGAUAGCAAAGAUGUUCUCUCCCACCUGCCCCCUUUCUACCUCCCUUUUCUGUUCAAAUGGAGUGGAUAUCAGACGAGUGCUAAAACUACAUGUCACAAGCGCAAACGCUGCCAAGCCAUCCACAGUCUGAAGCUGAGUCGGACACACGUGGAUUGGCACAGUGUGGAUGAGGUCUACCUCUACAGCGAUGCUACCACUUCCAAAAUUGCCCGCACUGUCACUCAGAAACUGGGCUUUUCCAAAGCCUCAAGCAGUGGAACGCGGCUCCAUCGGGGUUAUGUUGAGGAGGCCUCACCUGAGGACAGACCCCCUCAGACGACACACAUUGUUUUUGUGGUGCAUGGAAUUGGACAGAAAAUGGACCAGGGACGCAUUAUUAAAAAUACUGGAAUGUUGAGGGAGGGUGUGAGAAAGAUGGAGGAGAAGCACUUUUCAGAGCACAAUGAUGAACAUGUGGAAUUUCUUCCUGUCGAGUGGCGUUCCAAACUCACAUUGGAUGGAGAUACAGUCGACUCGAUCACACCAGACAAAGUGAGAGGACUGAGAGACCUUCUUAACAGCAGUGCCAUGGACAUCAUGUACUAUAACAGCCCUCUUUACCGAGAUGAAAUUACCAAAGGUCUCACACAGGAGCUGAACAAACUGUACUCACUCUUCUGUUCACGGAACCCUGAGUUUGAGGAAAAGGGCGGCAAAGUGUCCAUCGUGUCUCACUCCCUCGGCUGUGUCAUCACCUAUGACAUCGUAACAGGAUGGGACCCCGUACGCUUUUGUAUGCAGGAGCAUUGUGCUGUGGAAGAAGAAUUGGACUUGCGUUGGAUGUCUUAUGAGGAGAGGCAACUUUUAGAGCAGCUAAGGCUCACAAGGAAUAGGAUGCGAGAGCUGGAAAAUCAACUUGUCACACUGGAGGCAUCUAAGCCCUCAGCCCCCCCAGCACUCAAAUUCAAGGUAGAGAACUUCUUCUGCAUGGGUUCUCCUCUGGCAGUGUUCUUGGCCUUGAGGGGGAUCCGCCCAGGUACCAGCUGCCACCAGGACCACAUUUUACCCACCUCCAUCUGCAAGCGGCUUUUUAACGUCUUCCAUCCCACGGAUCCCGUGGCUUACAGACUGGAGCCCCUCAUCCUCAAACACUACAGCAACAUUGCACCUGUUCAGAUACACUGGUGUAGCGCCACUAACCCUACACCCUACGAUGAAAUCCGGCCUACUUUUCUCAACCCUGUCAAAGAUCCAACAUCAGACACUGAGAGCAUCCCCAGCCCGAGUACUUCGCCUGUCCUACCACGCAAGGCCUAUGGAGAGUCUAUUACCAGUCUGGGCAAGGCCAGCAUACUUGGUGCAGCAAGCAUAGGAAAGGGAAUAGGAGGCAUCCUCUUUUCACGUUUUUCCCGCUCAAACAGCCAGCCUUCAGUGUCCUUAGGAUCUGACGGAGGGGCAAAUGCUGAAGAAGAGGAGCAGAAGCGUACAGAAAGCCAGUCAGCCUAUGGUCUGUCCAGCAUGAUUCGACCCACCUCCCCCAGUAGUGAAACAUCAUUGGAGCUCGAGAGACGCAUCGACUUUGAACUCCGGGAAGGUCUGGUAGAGAGUCGCUAUUGGUCAGCAGUUACAUCACACACAGGCUACUGGUGCUCUCACGAUAUAGCACUCUUCUUGUUGACCUUCAUAUAUGAGCAGAAGUCGACAUCCUCUGAUCCAGUGGAGGAGACUUCAGAGCCAGACUGAAGCAGCACAUUUGUUACAAAAUAAACACCUGAAAGGCAUCUUAAAACACUGAAGGCAUUUGUGAUAUUUUAGACAAAACAAACAAAAGAAGUGACUAUGUACAAUAGUUUAUCAUCUUCAAAAACAUCUAAAGUCUAAUUAUGUUUUUCCUUUAUUUCUAAUUAAGUUUUUUUUUUUCACAUUUGAAAAAUACUAAGAAACUGACUCAAAACCUCAUUUGAAGAUGUUCUUUUUUGCCUCUUGUAAGCUUGUGCACAAUUGCACACCAAAGGGUGACAGUAAUUGGACCAGGAACCGCCAGGGAGGUGCAACCUUUGCUAGUAUGAUCACAAACAUAAGAUAUAGUUGUGGAAGAAGAGUUUGGCUCUGAUGUAUAAGGGUUUUCUACCCAACAGCUGCAGCUUUGUGAUUAUGUGUCCGUAGGUUUGUUGUUAUCAGUGCUUAAAUCCAGCUACUCUCUCAGACACCAAGUCUGGAGCCUUGUGACACAUUUGCCUGAUUCAGCCAUUGAGGUUGUAACCUCCAUGUCUGUUUUGUUGUUGUUUUUCUCUCUUCAUGAAGAUGAAAGAAAUGGAGUUUAUUUGACAAUAGAGGUUUUUCUUUUAACAUUUAGCUUCUUAAUGUCUAAAACCUGAUGCUAAAAAAGAAAUUCAAUGCCUUUUGAAAUCAGCCAAACAAUGUUAUUCAUAUAGAAUAGAUGUUAAUAUUUAGUUUUUGCACAUUCAAAAAAUGUAAUAGUACAAAGUGCAUCACCCUUUAAGUAAUGCAAUGGCAAUAUGAAUUCCAGCGUUUUUACCCCUAACUGUUCAUUUCUGAAGUAGAUAUAAACCAAAUGAAACUGGUACCAAAUGAAGCACUGGUUUUCUCUUUUACAUGGGUAAUUAAAAUGUUUUUUUUAAGAAACUUGGCAGAAACUUGGCUUCCUAAAAUUACAGCCAUAGUAAAAAAAAACCCCAUUAGAAUCACGAAUGUUACUUACAAAGGUGUGUACCAUGUGGAGCUUUAACAGACAGAUCAGUGCUCUUAAGCAUGACCAGAUAGUUAUUUUCUUACGGUUUAUGAAUCCAUAUCAUAAACAAAUCUUGGAUGAAUGAUGGAAUUUACAAUAUAAUACAAUACAAUCAUGAUAGUUUUGUUUCUGUUUGGUUUGUUUUUUGAUUCUUAUAUUGAUGUCUAAGAAAUCUACUGGAUGUGGGUUUUUUUUCUCAAAGAAAAAAAGAAGAGGAAAUAUUUUUCAUAGUUAUUUUCAAACUAUUGUAGUCAUAUACGUGGUUCUCAUUGCAGGGAAAUUGGGAUUCAAACUUGUGGCCAAAUAACAUUUAUGUCUCUAGUUUGUUAGCUGCUUUAUUAAUGCUGAAUAAGGCUGAUCAUUAGCCUGUGAAAAUGUAUUGAGAGGAUAAUAAAACUUUUUUUUUGGGGGGGGAGGGGGAGGGGGGGGGGGGGGGCAUUUGCACACAAUGAUUAUUUGCAUCUUUUUACCUUUUUGUGACCAAGUUGCACUUUUCCCUUAUGGGCAAGGCUUGUCUAUGUAUUUGUGUAAAAGACUUUGUUCUUGAAAACCUGCAGUUAUGCAAUUCUUCUUGACUGGUUAAUUGACGCUAAUUGGAGACAGUAAAUCCCUCCCCUCAACCACCCACCCACCCAAGUGAUUUCAGUCUCAGGUUAGAAGGAGCUUAUGUGACUAAAUCAAUGCAGUUCAUAUUUUAAGUCCCACUAAAACUUUCUGCAGGAAUGAGAAUGUUUACUCACUUAGCAUGGUUUCAAGUCAAUAGAAAAUGAAUGUUGGAACAAAAUAAAUGGUGCUGCGUGCCAACACACAUCUUAGAGUCUUUGUAUUCUGCUAAAUAACACACUUUAAAAACAUGUACUAUGGGUGAAGAAAUAACUGUCCUCAGAUGAAUACUUAUUGAUUUACAUGCAACAGACUUGUAAACUCCCAGUGUCAAACUUAAUUUGGACAGCUUGCUAUAAUAUCAAAGUUAUCAAAGAGCAUAUUUUAAUUGGUUAGAGCUAUAUCGUACCACAUAAAAGCUGUUUUUCUAUGGUCCACCACAAAAUGAAAUCAGUUUAUUGUUUAAUGUCUGUUAUCUUUACAAAGGCCUACUCUAAAACCAGUCUGCCUUGGAAAAUUGACCUGAUGGGUAACCAGGAAGUAGAACCGAAGCUAGGAUAAAGGCAGAGUGAUGUGGGAGUGUUUCUAUGUUUGAUUUGGUGGAUCUGGCAUGUUCAUCAGCAGUGAAUUGCACAGAAGCUUAACUGAAAACAGCCCUUUGUUGGUUAUAUAUUCAUAAUUAUGCUGCACGAGUGUUGUAUUACAGGAAAAGAUGCAGGAAGUGAUUAUAAAAUAGAAAAUACAGUUUCACUGUUGCCCCCUGCAUCAUUCAGUCAUGCAUUGUAAAUUCAGACACAGCAAAUGUGUACUAUAAGAGUGUGGUCAUACCAUUGUGACAAUGUUCCUACCAUCAUUUGUUUCCAAACCAUCUGUCUGGGAAAUGAGCACAUUUUCCAUUCUAGCUGUUUUUGAUGUAAGCACAGAUUUUCAAAUGUGUGAAUUCUACUUGCUUAAAAAUGGCAAGCAUACUGGAGAACAUUGUAGAGCAUUUUGUGAAGACACAAGCUUUGAUUAUAUGAGAAUUUAAUUUUGACCUAUGUCAAUAUUUUUCUUGGUAAGGCACUACAAGCAUCAGGGAAAUAUCUGUUACAUGUUUUUUUUAGAUUCAACACUCGUGUUUGAUGCCAGAUUGAAGCCAUCAUUGAUUACAAUUCAGCUCUGUAAAAUAUUUGAUGAAGAGUUUACAUUUGGCUUGUAUCCAUAUGUAUCCAGACAAGGGGCAAAAGAAGAAAUGUGCAGUAACAGUUGCUAUGGAUGUCCUAAAUAUGUUAAACAGGUAACACUUGCUCUAACUUUGAACAGAUUUCUAGAAGUAUUUCUCCUUAGAGCUGUGCAAUAACCCAUGCCUGUAAUGGAUUCUAACUGCCAUCCAAAGCACUGUAUUUAUUUCCUUUUAUUAAAACAUUUUCUUUUGAAUACAA